CCCUACACCAGCGCGCGCCCGCCGGUCACGUGGUCGUCUAAAAAUACAUUCGCGACACGUGCUCGCGCUCCGAUAUUUUUAUACGUGUAUCGAACAGCGUGCCUGAUAAAACAAUUGAGUUAUGAUAAUUGAAGAUGAGUGAGACCGUACGAAAAUGUUGCGUUUGCGGGAAGGACGGUGCAGCUUACAAAUGUCCGAGGUGCAGGGAACUUUAUUGCUCCGUGGCGUGUUGCAGAGAGCACAAGACUCGACCCUGCGAGCCUCCAGUGUUACCUGAGAGACCCAAGGAACGCCAAAGGAUCGGCGAAUACAAGUUUCCAACGGAAGAUACAGUGCCCGCGGAGAAGCUGCAGAAAUUGUGCGACAGCAAGGAACUGAUAAAUUGCCUCCAGAAUCCCCACUUGCGCCACAUCAUGAGCGCAAUUAUGAACAGUCCGAAUCCCACCGAGGCGAUCACACUAGCCAUGAAGGAACCCAUAUUCGUGGAGAUGGCCGACGCCUGUCUGAAGAUCGUGGAACCGCCGGACGAUGCUAAGCCAUUCUAAAUAACGCCGGCGUAAAUAACCACUCGAAUAAGUCUGUGAUUAAAGGACAUUAUGUUUAAUACAACUUUGUAAAUAUAUUGUACGAGUUGUACAAAAACGUCGAGAUGGCAGAGAGAUGCAGUUUUUUUAAAAUUUAAAUAUUUAUGUACAUCGUAAGAGUAGGCAGAAUAUAAAGAGUUUGCGUCAGAUGGAAAA